AUGGAUCCGCAAAAUAUAGUAGCACAACUUCAUAUCGCUGCGCAAUUGGAAAACGCUUAUGAUUUCGGUGGCGGACUACGUUUUCAAGAACGGGAUGAUGCAUUCGACUUGCCAGAAUGUCAGUUCGUUAAACUAUUCAGGUUGAAAAAAGAAACGGCAGAACGAGUAAUUAAUAUUGUAGAAGAAAAUUCUACAGAACCGUCACGUUCUUCAGCUUUGGACGCAACUGUACAAGUUUUAACUGCAUUACGGUUUUUUGCAUCCGGAAGUUAUCAAAAUUGCAUCGGAAGCAAUGUUAAUAUGGCAAUAAGUCAACCCUCCGUCAGUAGAUGCAUUCACAAUGUAACAAAUAUUCUGAAUUUGCCACAAAUUUUCGACAGUUGGAUACAUUUCCCAAGGAACAUAUGGGAGGCAGAACAGUUGCGUAACAGAUUUUGGGUGGAACACCGCUUUCCUGGAGUAAUUGGUUGCAUAGAUUGUACACAUAUAUGUGAUCCAGAUCUGAAAAUAAUAAAUGUAAAUGCCCGAUAUUCUGGAAGCACUCAUGAUUCUUAUAUUUGGAACAACAGUGACUCCGGUUAUGCACUAAGACCGUGGUUGAUGACUCCGGUUGGAGGCGAUGAAGACGAUGUGGCAGUACAGAGAUACAACUCCAGGCAAAGAUGUACAAGAUCACUUAUUGAACGAUGCAACGGACUUUGGAAGAUGAGAUUUCAUUGCUUGUUGAAGCACAGAGUACUGUAUUACCAGCCAGACGUGUGCUCGAGGAUCAUUAAUGCAUGCGCAGUGUUGCACAACAUGUGUAUUCAGGACAACUGUAGACUUGACCCAGAAGAGGAAGAGGAAGAGUUAGACUUCGGCAUGUUUGAUAAUGCGAUAAAUGAAGCGCAAAACAUUCCAAUUAGAAAUGUUGA